CCCAUGCCCAGAUCAUAUCUAAGAUCAAUUUCAACAGAAUCUAUGUUAAUGGCAGCAGACAUCAAUAGUUUUAAAGAUUCCCAGGUGAUUCCAACUUGCAGCCAAAGCUGAGAAUCACUGAUUUAUGCUGAUGAGGCAGAUGCCCAUUAAUGCAGGUGUUCUAGGUAAAAGUCAGUAGAACCAAAAGUCUUGCGCUCUUGGUUCUGAGGCAGGAUACUUUUGUAGUCUGGCUAUCUUUCCUUGUGAUAAAUGUAGCUGGCAAUGACUGUGAUGGAAAUUGACACCUUUUGGAUCAUGGCUGGGAGAAAGAUUUGUCAGAGUGAAGAAGGUUGAAAUGGCAACAGUGGAAAAUGGUAAAGAAACUGACUAGGAAAACGGAAAAUGAUUUCUGGGCACAAGUCAGAGACCUCUGAUAAGCAGAGAUCAUAAAAUUAUCUCAGGGCUCUUCUCUAAAAUGUAUGAGUUUUCCCAUUCACUGUUAGUAGCCCUGCGAAGGAACACAGAAAUUCUGACUGAAUCAGGGUUAACAAACGUCCCAGGCAGUUGCAUGUAGUAGGACAAAGGAGUGAAGGAUAUUGGUGUGAGAGUGGUUAAAGUGAAGGACCUUAAAGUCUAGGGCCUAAUCUCAAUGAUGAACUCAAGAGAAAGUUUUCCUUUCUGCUAGGUUGUGUACUGGAUAUAAACACAAUAUCCCUUCCUGAGGACAGUCGCUCCUUUAUUUUACAGGAUAAUGGUGACCCAGGCUUCGCUAAUUAUACUAUCCCUUUCCCCCUAAUUGGUGCAGGGGUGAGCAACUGCCCCAAACAGGGUCAAUCCUAGUCCUUCCCUGUAACUCACGUUUGGGAUGGUUAGUGUAAUUUGAGGCAACAUUAGGUAGGAUGGAAUCCUACUUCAACGUAGUGAUUUUUGAACUGAGACCUAAAAACAAGAAGCUUGUGCAAAGUUAGAGGAAGUAAUAAGUACAAAGAAUCCGAGGCGAGAACGGGCCAAGCUUGCUCAGGGGAUGUAAGGCUAACGCAGAAUGCUGUUCCCAUUGCUUGAACCGCUCUCCUUUAUACUCGUAACCUAGGUAAUUCCCGCUCAACCUUCAGGUUUCAGCCCAAACAUCACUCCCCCUCAAGCCCUCCCUGAACUCAGAGCAAAUCUCCCUUCGCCACCGCCGAUGACCGGUUAGGUCCUAGGAUCUAGGAGCCUGUGUUUAUCAGACUCACGGAGCUGGGGAAAGGGAGUUAAAGAAUAAGAGGGAUGUAAGUAGGGAGCGUUAAAUGGGUCGCCCAAGCUGUCUCCGCAAGAAGGCAAAGAGGAUUCCCAACUUCUCCAGAGCAAUGACUGGGAAGCGACACCAGCGCGCAGAGCGGCCGGUUACGGGGCGGAAGUUCAUUCCUGGAGCCGUUCUAGGAAAGCUGGAGGACCCAGAUCGUCACUGAUCCUGGAGCUGAAGUGGGCAUCGCCCAGUACUCAGGGCCAACCAGGGAGCCGCCUAAACAGUCGGCGGCUUGGCGGGGCUUUUGUUAAGUCGAGAGCCGGCGAAAAGCAAAGCUGGAAAAGGCGAGGAGGCGUUGGCGCGCUGACCACAUGUUUCUCUUGCGGAGUACGGCGUGCGCUGAUUGGCUGGAUUGCGGCCCGGGUACCGGAAGUGGCCGAUGCCCGUCGCCCGUGACACCGAGACAACAGCUGGCCGGUUCGGUGCGAGCGGCCCAGUAGCGCCGGGAGCCCAGGCGGAGUGAGCGUGGGGCGGUAGCGGCCUGCGAUUGUGAGAUGGGUACUGAGAACAAGGAGGUGAUUCCUAAGGAAGAAAUUUCUGAAGAAUCUGAGUCACAUGGGUCAAUAUUAGAGAAACUUCCAAAAGUGGUUUACCAAAGUCAUGAAUUUGGAGCAGCAUGUGAAGAAGAUCUAUCAGAGGGACAUUUGAGAGAGUCCCCAGAAGAGAUUAUAGGGCAGAUGUCUCCUCAGGAGAAAGACUUUGCAUCAGGGUUGAUUAUUUUUAAGAAAUCACCUUCAAGUGAGAAAGAUCAAGAGAAUAAUGAGAAUGAAAUAGGCUGUAAUCCCAGCCCAAAUCUGGUUACACAUCAGGGAGAUACUAUAGCAGAGGGAGUUAGUACAUUUGCUACCUCUGCCCAAAACUUCAUAGAGAAUUUAGAACCUAACAAAACACAGAAAAGUUCUGUGGGAGAAAAGCCUCAUACAUGUAAAGAAUGUGGGAAAGCUUUUAAUCAGAACUCACAUCUCAUCCAGCAUAUGAGAGUUCAUAGUGGAGAAAAACCUUUUGAAUGCAAAGAAUGUGGAAAGACCUUUGGAACUAAUUCAAGCCUUCGAAGGCACCUGAGAAUUCAUGCUGGAGAGAAACCCUUUGCUUGUAAUGAAUGUGGGAAGGCCUUCAUUCAGAGUUCACAUCUUAUCCACCAUCACAGAAUUCAUACUGGAGAGAGACCCUAUAAGUGUGAAGAAUGUGGUAAAGCCUUCAGUCAGAAUUCAGCCCUUAUUCUACACCAGAGAAUCCAUACUGGAGAAAAACCUUAUGAAUGUAAUGAAUGUGGGAAGACCUUUAGGGUUAGUUCACAGCUUAUUCAGCAUCAGAGAAUUCAUACUGAAGAAAGAUAUCAUGAAUGCAAUGAGUGUGGCAAAGCCUUCAAGCAUAGCUCAGGCCUUAUUAGACACCAGAAAAUUCAUACUGGAGAAAAACCAUACCUGUGUAAUGAAUGUGGGAAAGGCUUCGGUCAGAGUUCUGAGCUUAUUCGGCAUCAAAGAAUUCAUACAGGGGACAAACCCUAUGAAUGUAAUGAAUGUGGGAAAACUUUUGGCCAGAACUCAGAGAUUAUUCGUCAUAUUAGAAUUCAUACUGGUGAGAAGCCCUAUGUAUGUAAGGAAUGUGGGAAGGCCUUCAGGGGGAACUCAGAACUUCUUAGACAUGAGAGAAUUCACACUGGAGAGAAACCUUAUGAAUGCUUUGAGUGUGGAAAGGCUUUCAGGCGGACCUCUCACCUUAUUGUUCACCAGAGAAUUCAUACUGGAGAGAAGCCCCAUCAAUGUAAUGAGUGUGCAAGAACCUUUUGGGAUAAUUCUGAGCUGCUUCUCCACCAGAAAAUUCAUAUUGGAGAGAAACCUUAUGAAUGUAAUGAAUGUGAGAAAACAUUUAGCCAGCAUUCCCAGCUUAUCAUACAUCAGAGAAUUCACACUGGAGAGAAGCCUUAUGAGUGCCAAGAAUGUCAGAAGACCUUUAGUCGGAGCUCUCACCUCCUCCGACAUCAAAAUGUUCACUGUAUGGAAUGAUCUGCAAGAUAGGAAGGCUUUAUGUGGAAAGGCUAAAGUCAGACUUAUUUGUUCAUAAUCUCCACCCCAAGUUCUCAAAUGAAAUGAAUGGACAGAAUCUCCUCUGUCCUUGCACUGAUUUAUAUUUAAAGAGUUGGUAGAAGAGGAUGAGGCACUUUCAUGAACUAUUCAUUGAUAAGUUUCAAUGUACUGAGUUAAUCCUAAAAGUGGUUUCAGGCCUUAAUUCUCCUCUGUCCCUCUUUCCUUUCUUUCUUUCUUCUCCCUGAGUGGAACACAUAACAUUAGGGGUCUGUAUCAGCCAUCUGUCCUAAAUUGUUACUCUUUAGGAAAAGUGGGGGAACAGGAUUCCACCACCUCCUAAAAAUGACAGCUGACUCAUUGAAUGUUAUCCCCUGAAAUGUUAGUCAUGACUCAGAAGACACACCUCAUUCUCCUGUCUACUGUUUAUCAUUGGAAUAAUUCAGUAAGCUUUUAUUACCCUCCACAUCUUCCAGCCAUACUAUCAAGUUCUCUCAGAAGAUGGCAACAUUAAUGAAGAAUCAGGAAGCUUGAGUCAUUUCUCAUCUCAUGCUAGGCAUCCUUAUUCAUCUGAAGAGGUUGCCAUGGAGGAGGAAUUGACAGGCAACUUACAGGAUUGUGAGCAAUGGUCUUAGAAUCCAGAGGGGCCAAUAAGGCAAUGCCAGGGGAUAAAAAAUAGAGGCCAGACUACUCAGCAUGGGUAGAAGUGGGCCCUAUAUUCACUAUCCCCACUUUAGGACUGCUCAGACCAAAUGUUCCCAAUAAUUCUGGAUUGAGUUUUGGCCCCAGGUCCUGCCACUGCUGACAGAUCUUGUGUAGCAGAGUGGCUUCACCUCCAUCAGGCAUGUGGCCACAGUGGUGAGCUGGUUCACCUGACUGGUCAGGGCCUGGCCUUGCCAAAGCACUUAAGCUGUCAUAACUUGGAGCCCACUGCUGGAGGCCCUGGCUGAUAGGCCAGGAUGUGACAACCUCUUCUUGGUUUGCUCCUUGGCCUUGAAGUUCUUUCUUCAUCAUCUCUACAUACAUUUCCUGUGUUUUCCUUUGUGUUAUUUCUUCUUUAAGGAAACACGACCUCCAUUUUUCAUGUGUCCAUGUUUCUGAGGCAGUGGGUGGCACCAGGAAUUGCACUAAGGGGGAUCCAGCAGGCCUGGGGUCUGGUCUUAGAACUAAACCUUGAAUAAGGCACUUCGCUUGCUGGUCUCUAAUGUUCUCAUUUGUAAAAUGAGGGAGUUCAGCUAAAUUAUAUCUGAAGUUUCAAUCAGCCCAAUAAUUCCUUAGUUGCUUUUCAAAAUUUUAACUUUACAUAUCUUUAUUCUUUAAUCUCUUCUUUGUCACACUAACAGUAAUCACUAAUAUUUAUUUAUUGAGUGUUUACUGUGUGCCAGGUAUAGUGCCAGCCAGUUUACAUUUUUGUUUUCACAGCAUCUGUAUGAUAUGGGUACUCUUUUUUUGAACAACUUAACAGGUAUAAUUUACAUACCAUAAAUUCACCUGUUUUAAGUGUUGAAUUGAAUGAUUUUUAAUUUACAGAGUUGUGCAACCAUCAAUAAUGUGGGUAUUCUAACCCCAGUUUAAAAGAUGAGGAGGAACAGAAGGAAGAUGUUAAGUCAUUUACCCAUGAUCACACAGCUAAUAAGAGCUAGAGCCAAGACUCUAACCCUGGUCUAUACUCUUAAGCACGAUGCUGUGCUGUGGACAGGCAGAUUCAUUAUUAGCUUAUUUGAAAUCCUUUGCAAAUUUUCUGUUACUAAUUACUACAUAGAUUAGAACAUAAUGAAUUUAAAUCAUGUCAUUGAAAACAUAACUGGCCACAGCCAAACCCACAAAGUGGAUUUAUUCUGUACCCCAAUAUAUUUGUUUUUCAGGCUCAAACCCUUGGUUUGAGAGGAGGGCUAUAAAAAUAAACAGUUGAUUGCACAGCUUCCA